GAGAAGCAUCACAUUCAACUGAUAGCAGCCAGCAGCACCUAGAGCACUUUGUAUUCCCUUGUCUUGAGGCUGGCCAGACUCAAUGAGGCCUCACCUCAGCUCUUCUCACAGAAUCACAGAAUGAACCGUGUUGGAAGGGACCUCAAGGAUCAUGUAGUUCCAACCCCCCUGCCUGGCAGGGCCACCAAACGUUCUCUGAACUGAGCACAGCAUGGGUCCUCAGCCACUCUCCAUACACUUUGCCCUCCAGACCUUUCCACACCUUCAUGGCCCUCCCUUGGACACUCUCUAGUAGCCUUAUGUCCUUCCCAUACUGUGGCAUCCACACCUGCACCCACCUCUCAAAGUGAGGCCACACAGCAUGUUCCCGGAGUAAUCUCUAUGAUUUUUCAGGCACUGAAGUGAGACCAACCAUUCUGUAAACACCAGGAUCUUCUUUCUUACCCUUCUUGAAAACUGGGACAACAUUUACUAGCUUCUGGUUGACUGGAACCUCUCCAGAUUCCCAAGACCACUGGUCCUUUCAGCUAAGUGCUGUGUUGUUCUGCGUGCAGUCCCAGCUCCCUUCUUCAAAAAUAUCAUACUUCAGAAAAAUUCCUUCCUGGUAACUCCAGAUCUUCCUACUCUCCCAGCACAUUUGAAGCAGAGAAGAAAUACUUGCUUCUGGGUUCUUCAGCCACCCCCCUCUGCGUCCUCCCCUUUUUAUUGAUACAGUUGUGUCACAUGAAAAUUAGAUAUUUUUCCUGCUGAUGUCAUUUGGUCAGCAAGGCCUUUUUGCUCUGAAAUACUAAGAAAAGCAGUAAUCCUAAUGCCUCUCUUAUCAGAAAUGUGCAGCGCGUGCGUUUUGAUUGGUGUGGAGCUGAGUUUUUAAUGGAUAUUCAAGUACAAUUCCAUUAUCUGAAGAGUCCUAAAGAUAAACAAAAUCAUUAGCUGAGUGUGCUUCUGAACAGGUGCACUGUGAGAGGUGUCAGCCAGCUAACUGGAGUGGCAUAUGCUCCAUACAGCUGCAGUGCUGUUGGCCAGGCUGCAUGUUACAGGUGGGGUUUUAGGGCUGCUGGCGCGCUUCCCACACAGUAGUGUUGUGUAUUUGCCUUUCUGCAAGCUCAGAUUUCCACUUGCAGAAUACAGCAGGUAGGUUUGGAUGCAGAUAAGCCAAUUGUUUGACCGGUAUUCCCCUUCCAUCUAGUGGCAUGGACAAGCUUUGCUUAAAUAGAGUUGAAGUAAUGAACUUUUCAAUAGCAAGGAUUUGUCCUGCACUGGAAAAACAGAACAAACAAAAAGUACUUUGGAUAAUAUAUUUUACCUGUGGGUAUGUAUGUAGCCUAAAAAAUACUAAAUUCCCAUAACUUCCUUCCAUGACAAAUACGGAUGCUUAUUUUUCAGCUGCUCAAAUCAAUCCAAUCACUCUCUCUGCUCACCUUUGCUGUGAAGGAGUUCAGCCAAAGGGAGAUCUCCUUUUGAACAUCUGAACAUUCCAUAAGCCCAAACUUCUGGUUAAAUGAUGUCAAAGCAGUUAAAAAACUAACAAAAAGAUCAUCUUCCCACUGCUCUCUGAGCAUUUUCGGCAUCUUUUCCGGGACAGAUGAGAACAGCCCCCAGGAAGUCAUUGUUGUGACUUCAGACAUGGCUGCCAUCCAGGCAGCAGGCAGAGGGCUGUGGUAACUUUAGCAAGUGUGACAUUCACUGGGCACAAUGUGAGGUCCUGUUGCAAUAACAUACACAUACUUUUUUGCCCGCGCUACCUAUGCUGCUUUUUUUGCCUACGCUGCUAGCGAGAUCAUAUAUUUCAGCAACUAUGAGCCAGCACAUUAGGAAGCCCUAUGGAUCUGCAGUGCCUUUGUUCAUUUUCUUCCUCCUGGUGGUUACAGCCAAGAUAUGACCCUACAUGGGAAAGAAUGAACCUGUGGAUUGCGUGAAGGAUGUUGGUGUUAGUGAUGGAAAUGUGAGCGAAGAGAAUGCAACCCUGUCUCACAGGAGAACACAGGUUCCACUGCUGACAACACUUGAGCCAUGGCAAGUUUUCGUAACUCAAACACCAGCCAAGGAAAAAGCCAAAGAGGGUGAAACUGUGGUCUUAAAUUGUCACUUUAACAGCCCACAGCACCGUUCCCUGACUGGCCUGACAGCGAGGUGGUACAAAGAAGAUGAAAAGGGGAAGACAGACCUACAAGAAAACAACAUGACCAUGUUGCCAAAUAAUUCUAGGGUUUUCAUGAGUGGAGACUUAUCCCAAGGUGCUGUUUCCCUGGUGAUCCUCAAUGUGACGACCAGUGACCACGGUAUCUAUUUCUGUGAGGUUACACUUCCGGAUGGGAAGGUGAUGACAGGAGAUGGGGACAAAGCUGAGGAUCAGGAGGGCUCUAGGCUUGUUUGGUAUAGAAGAAUCUAUUGGAACAAUCAUUGGGGUUGUGGCAGCUGGUAUCGGAGGCCUGGGAGUUCUGAUUAUCAUUUUAACGCCACAGCUAAGGAGAUGCAUCCUCUGCAUGAAACGAGGCUCUCACCAAGCUUGAUCUGCAGAGCUAAAGGAAGCACCGGAAGAUGCAAAGGCUAAACAAAGUAAUUUGUGACGCUCUGUAAGCCAAAAAGUAUCUCUAGAUGUAAUAAAAGCUUUUGCCUCAGUAUACA